AUGCCAAAUGCCUCUCUUCACAAAUUGUAAAUUAGGGAAGACAGAACAUAUUUUAAUUAAUGGCAGAGAAUCAAAUUCUCUCAAUCCAACAGUGAGCUAAAUGUCCAUUAAUUUGAUUGGUUUUAAAUUUCCUUUACUCAUUUACAGAUCUUUCACAUUUUGAAAAAACAGAGCUACGAAACUAGUACUGAAUCUACCGAUUUCUGUAAUGGUGCAAUGCAACAAGAAAUGCGAAAUCCCAGAAAUAGAGUAAACAAAACAAGCCACCAGAAGAACAGAAAAAAAUAAAAAAGAGUCUACACAAAAAUACACAGAUAGUAGCUGCUGCUGAAGAAGAAGAAGAAAAAACUCUGAAUUUCUUCGCUGACACCUGUCGGUUUGUAUCCUAGCUUAAUAUCUAAACCUACAACCGGAUCUAAAUUAAACGAUCAUUCACUUUCACUCUCUUCUUUUUCUUGAUACAGAGAGUAGCUGCCUGAAAUACCUAAGUAGAGAGAGAUGAUGAAGAACAAGGCUGAUAAUAGUUGCAGGAGGAGGCUAGAUUCACGGGCCAUAGUAGCAGCGCCGCUCGUGUUUGUCGCUCGUGCACUGCCUACUACUACUAGUAUUACUGUUACAAUUGUCAUUAUGAUGAUUAUACCACUUCUCUAGGUCUGCUGCUGUAAUUUUUGCAAAAUUCCACUGUUUUAUAAGAAAGGAAGGUGCAGGGAAUGUGAGUUUUUGAUGUGGAAUUUAGAUCUUGUACAGAAUUGGAAAACAUGCAGAGAUUUGGUAGUCAAGGUGAAGAAUUUUACUUUGAUACACUAGAUUGUGUUCGUGAUUGUAGCAGUGGUAGUGAGUGUGAAUCAUCAGAAGAGUCCGUGAGUCGGGGGAUUAGUGGUGGAUUUGAUUACGGAAUUUGGACCAACGAGCCUCGAAGUGUCAGGGAGCGUCGCAACAAUUUUCUUCAGGGUAUGGGAUUUGGUGAAUUGGUUGAUUCAGAAUUGGGUUUCUCAAAUAAAAUCGAGGAGGAGAUGAGUAGAAACAAUCUUGGGUGGGAAAGAAUAUCAGAAUGUAGUGGUGCUGUUUCAAGUUCUGCAGGUUUGAAUCGAGCGGAAGACAUUGUUUGUUGUAGAAAUGAUUCAGAGAGCCGAACCAAGGUUGUUGGUACCGAAUCAGUGCAGAAAAGAUUCAACAAAACCUCAAAAUCCAAGGUUCUUGCUACGGAAUUGGCUCAAAAUAGAUUCGAAAGAAUGUCAACACCAGGAUCAAAUGAAUUGGAAACAUCAGCUUGCGGAGAAAAAUGUAAAUUCAAGUCUUGGUGGAAACGUAUGAUGCGCAAGAAUAAAGGAAGAGGACGCGUUGCGGAGUCUAAUGUCAGUGAUAAGAACCAUGAUGGACCGGAUAAAAAUAGGAUGAAGGUGCAGAAUAACAAAAAGUCGUGUGUGGAGUUCACAGCAGUUUAUAUGGAUCAGGAAGUCGAAGCUCACAAAGGAUUUGUCUGGACCAUGAAAUUUAGUCCGGAUGGUCAGUUUUUGGCUAGUGGUGGUGAAGAUGGGGUUGUUCGAAUUUGGCGUGUUACCUCAACAAUAGCUCUAGAAGGUGGUUCAAAAUUUGUUGAUAAAGUUGAAGACACAAAGCAUUAUCUUGGAAGAAAAAAUUCAAAUCCUGCUUCUGUUAUCAUUCCUAAGAAAGUCUUCAAAAUUGAAGAGUCGCCAGUACAAGAAUUCCAUGGCCAUACAAGUGAUGUCUUGGAUAUUUGUUGGUCUAAAUCUAAUUGUCUACUUUCAUCAUCCAAGGACAAUACUGUUCGGUUGUGGCAAGUGGGUUCUGAUGAAUGUCGUCAAAUUUUCCAUCACAAUAAUUAUGUGACAUGUGUUCAGUUCAAUCCUGUAAAUGAUGCAUACUUUAUUAGUGGAUCCAUUGACGGGAAAGUUCGAAUUUGGGGAGUUUCAGAAAAACGAGUUGUUGAUUGGGCAGAUGUACGAGAUAUAGUAACUGCCAUAUGCUACCAGCCAAACGGAAAGCAGGGUUUCAUUGUUGGUUCCAUUAAAGGUCGCUGCCGUUUCUAUGAUUCGUCAGGUAGUAAUCUCCAGAUGAAUGCACAAAUACGUAUACAUUGCAGAAAAAAGUCCUCCAACAACAGAAUCACCAGCUUUCAGUUUUCGCCUGAGGAUUCCCACAAAAUCAUGAUAACAUCAGCAGAUUCUAAAGUUCGAAUUUUUGAUGGCUCAUCUGUCAUUCAAAAAUACAAAGGUCUGCGUAGGUCAGGAAGUCAGUUAUCUGCCUCAUACACUUCAAAUGGGAGACAUAUAGUGUCUGUUGGAGAGGACUCUCAUGUCUAUGUAUGGAGCUGCGAUGAUGUAUCUGAUGAUCCCUCGUCAAAGCAUACGAAGUCUACUAGCUCGUGUGAGCACUUCUAUUAUGAAGGUGUUUCUGUUGCCAUACCAUGGUCUGGUCCAGAAUUGGAUAAUUUGGAUCCAAUGGAUCUAAGUAUAGAUAGUUAUGUAUGUUCUUCACAGUCGGAUGAUUCCUUUUCCUGCUCGAGAGAUUCGGAUCGUUUUGCUUUUGGUGGUUGGUUCUCCGUUGAUAAUCGAGGUUCUGUGACUUGGCCUGAGGAGAAACUACUGCCUCGGGCCCUAUCAGGUGGAGAGCAGGGUUACAGGCAGCACGAGCCGAAUCAGAUCCAUAAUCAUCAAGCUCCUUCGGAAUCAUGGGGUUUGGUUAUUGUGACAGCGGGUUGUGAUGGAAAGAUCAGAACCUUUCAUAACUAUGGGUUGCCCGUCAGGCUAGAAAAGAGCAGCUGCAGUCGCAGAAUUUGAUCAAGAAAGACGCUUAUGCAAUUAGUACGUCGCGUCCCAGUUUCAACUAUAUGCACGUAGGUAGUCGUCUAUGCCAUUAACACGACGGCUGUUGAAAAGAGUAGCCGCAGAAAUAGUAGUUGAUCAAGGACGAUAUUGAUAGAUUGUUGGCCACCUUUUAUCCAGAAUAAAAGAGAUCUCCCUGAAAAUUUUGUACUUAGAAUCUAUUAAUCGUUCAAAAGCAUACGAUGUUUAGCACAUUUCUGUAAAAAGCAUAUGAUGUUUAGCACAUUUCUGUAAAAAUCAAUCAUCUUUGUCCGGGUCA